AUGGCGAGACAUAGCGACUACGCCGACUACGAUAGCGACGAGUCCAUUCGCGAUGACAGAAGGCGAAGGCGUAGAACGCGGUAUCGCUCGCCCUCUCAAGCUUCCUACUUUUCGCGCCCGCACUACUCGCGCCGCCACUCAUACCCACCUGAGACGCCGCGUGAGGAGAAAGGCGGCAGCAAGACCGGCACUUUGGUGAAACUCGGUCUUGGAAUAGCAUUUGUACAUGUAGUCGCCACUGCCGUGAGCGAAUGGAUGAAGAAGAAGGAAGAGGAGAAGGAUCGGAGGUAUCAUCGUGAUAAGCGACGCGCUUUUGAGAAGGCCAAAGCGAAGCGAAGACGAGAAGACGACAUCGAGGAGAAGCGGAGACAACGCGAAGAGGAAUCGGACAGCGACGGCGUGGAACGUGAAGUCAUUAUCAGAGAGGGCCGAAGAAUUGCAUACGUUCCUAUGGAUGCUGACCCAGCGAGGGACGAGCCUGAAGUGAGGGGAUAUUUGCCAGCACCUGAGCACCACCACGACCAAGACGACUGGGACGAUAGAGACGGACCGCAGGACCGCGCGCCUAGCAGAGCGCAAUCUGUCGGCACGCGAAGUAGAAGUCGAUUCGGUGGCAGAAGCAAGAGCGUCGGAGGCGAAGAGAGGGAUGCCAGGAGCAGAAGUCGACCGGCUGUAGAUGUUCCGCGAUGA